AACCGCCGCAAUGAUGAGACCUGAGAACAUAGCGGCCGUGAACCCAGCGAUCUGAUACUUCUCACUCACCGCACCGUUUCUCCACUCACCGUCACCGUCACCGACUCCCAACUCACCUCAUCCGCAGCACCGCCCGCAACUCACCCCGAACCCGCAGCUCACCACAUUCCCACCUUCACCUCACCACCGCCGUCACCGCACCCAUAUAAACCCCCAUCCCCACCGUCCACCACAACCCAACCUUCCCACUCCAUCUACCAACCUUUUCAGGCCCUAUCCAGCCACCUUUGAACCAUCUCCCAACCAACCAACCAACCAACCAACCAACCAACCAACCAACCAACCAACCAACCAACCAACCAACCAACCAAACCAAACCAAACAUGUCCGACACCGAAGCCACCAAGGGCAAAGCCGCCGCCGGCUGGAGUGACCGCGAGCGCCUGGCGUAUCUGGUGUGUUUGAUCGAGCACUCGGAGACGAAGUUCAACUUCAAGACCGCCCCCCUCCCGCACGGCCGCACAACAAUCGCCUGCGAGCGCAUGGUCGGGCGACUCAAGAACACGCUCAAGAGCGAGCUGGCGGCGCUAAGGGCGGGUGUUGCGCUGCCUUCGACCACUUCUACUACCGGGACUCCGGCGAAGACGCCUACCAGGACGCCUGCCAAGUCCAAGACGAAGAGUGCUGUCGACACCGACACCGACGCUGACGCUGAUGCUGAUGCUGAUGGCGCUGCGGGUACGCCAAAGACUAAGACUAAGAAGACACCCACGCCCCGCAAGCGCAAGACCAAGACCCUAGACGACGGCGGCGAGCAGGGCGAGGGCGAGGGUGAGGGAAGUCCCAGGAAGCGCGGCAGGCCGAAGAAGGCUGUUGUUAAGCAGGAGGGUGCGGAUGUCGUCGAGGAGAAGGAGAAGGAUGGGGAGGGCGAGGAGGUUGAGAAGGAGGGAGACAAGGAGGGAGAGAAAGAGGGCGAGGAGGAGAUCGAAGAGACGAUCAAAGAUGAGGAUAUUGAGAUCUGA